GGGAGACGCGCAGCAGCAGAGCCGGCUUUAACGUGUGCCACACCGCAUCUGGCAGUCCAUGUGCGGACAGUGUGUGUCGGAUAUGAGCUCGGACUGUGAAGGUUACUACAGCGAGGCAGAUGUGCUCGUGGAGGGCUUCACGUGUCCGAAAGCGGACAGUGAUGCCACGGCACUUUUCUGCUGCGGGUUCAGUGACUUGAAGUACUGUUGCGAUGACCCCAACAGCUUCUUCCCUUACGAAUAUGGAUACAUGUGGUGGUUGAGUCUUGGAGCUCUUGUAGGUCUCUCUGUUGCAGCUGUGGUUCUUCUGGCCUUCAUCGUCACUCUGUGUGUCCUCUGCUAUCUGUUCAUCACCACUAAACCCAGAAGUCUGGACAAUGGGCUGCCACUCAGAGCUCCAGGCACUACAUCGAGUCCACAAGGACCAGGGCCAAGUCAUACCGCCCCACCUGCUGGUCCUGAAGGCUUCAGGAAACACUUCCAGAGGGGGAAGCUGGACUGUGACAACCAGCCUCCGGACCCUGACCGCCUUUUCCAGCGUUGUUUCAUGGCUACUGUGACCUCUAUCAAAGUCGAGGGUGCUACAUAGACUGGUAGACUACGUGACGUUUUAAUUGUGAAGACCAUUGGUGCAAGUCAAAGCUCAUCGGCCCAUUUCAAUACCUUUAAUUUCUGUAGCCUGCAUUUAAAACAAAUCUUGGCUACCCCCCAAGUUGAAUUUCUUGAACUCCGCGAUCGCGUGCACAUGGCUGCCCAUCAGCAACAACAAUGAUGGAAAGUUUUGAGAACAAGCUAAUAGUCCUGGUUCCCAAUUACCCACAGCUGUAUGAGGCGCCCAUGUGCUUGGGCAUCAGUCCUUCCCUCAACAGUCCAGAUCCAAAUAUGUCCUAUGAGUACUAUCAAAUAUUGCCAAUAAAAGCUGAAAAACAUUGAAAAGAAAUGUUGGCAACAGAUCAGUACCUGCACAAUUAAAGAAAAACAAGUCAGAGAAAAAGAUCUGUCAGUGCACAACAGGAAAUUAUGCCUGGGUUCUCUGGUGUGCCUUCACUGGAAUCCAUAAGCUACAUUGUUCAUUGCAAGAAGCUGAACAAAUUCCAUUCCCAUCAGCCUUACAAACACAUGUCAAAUCAGAUACUGUAUGAGAACUUGAUGAGAGCUAUUGGUUGCACGGCAACAAGUGGCACCUUAUGAGUGUCACAUGAAUUUCCGUUUGGUCAUCAAUGCAAUGCUAUUAGCUUAAUUCAACAGUUUAAAGUGAGAAAGCCACUUUAAAGCAAUGAGGACACGGGUUAUUUGGUUUCCUUCCAGAUUGCUUCUGAGGAAACACCGGAAGUCCGUCCCUCUAACCAGUCCCCGAAACACAAAAGUUCCGCCAUACUACUAAAUGCAUUGCUCAACCCCGUUAAUGAAAUGAAAAUAGACAGAUGUACAAAAUAAAGGCAUAUUCUAACUCUAAAUAAUAAUAAUUAUUAUAUUAAUGUGGUCACACAUCCCAGGGGUGCCACACAUGGUUGUGGAAGAUUUC